AUGGCCAUUAUUUCGGAAGUUGUUGCAUCCGUCUCAGCUCAUCUUCCCAUUCUGAUUGUGGGCAUUUUGGCGAUUCACCUGGUCCGAAACUUCACCGAGUUCUAUGCGGUACAGCAGCAGCUGGCAAACGGCAAACCGACGCAAACCCUUUUUACGACCCUUGACGAAGACUUCCAUGCGAAAAUCAAGAGACCGAUCUCAAGUCUUUAUUCUAUGAGUACACUGACCGAGUUCGAGCCCUUCGUUGAUAGCACGAUAGAAAAGCUGCUCGAGAAGUUGAGCGAGUUUGCCGAUGCUGGACAGGAGUUGGAUCUCGCGACAUGGCUCCAGUAUUAUGCUUUCGAUGUGAUUGGGGAGUUGACCUUUGGCAAGCCGCUCGGUUUUCUCGAGCAAGGCCAAGACGUUGGUGACGUGAUGCUUUCAUUGGAAAAGAUGGUUGACUAUGCAGGAAUGAUUGGCCAGAUACCUUGGUUGGAUCACCUUUUCAUCAAGAACCCGAUCAAGCGCAAAUUUGGUGGUGGGUCGACCGGAGCUGUCGCUCGAUUCGCGCGUCAGUGUCUCGAGGAGCGUCUUCAUCGCCCCGAGGGAAAAGUAGAAAAUCCUUCCCACCGCGACUUCCUUACUCGCUUCUUGGAAACCAAAAAUACGCACUCACAGGUUGUCGAUGACCGUCAGGUCUUCUCAUGGACACUCAGCAACGUCAACGCUGGGUCAGACACGACAGCAAUCUCACUACGAGCGGUGCUCUAUUACCUCCUUAAGAACCCCUGGACUCUGAAAAAAGUCAUGAAAGAAAUUAUGGGGGCUAGGGAAAAAGGGAAAUUGUCGAUACCGGUGACAUGGAAAGAGAGCCAAGAGCUGCCGUACCUGGAUGCGGCUAUCAAAGAAGCGCUCAGACUUCAUCCCGCAGUCGGCCUGCUACUCGAAAGAAUUGUUCCUAAAGCCGGAAUACAGCUUCCUGAUGGCCCAUUCCUGCCAGAGGGCACCAUUGUCGGUAUCAACCCAUGGGUCAUGCAUCGUCAUCCUGCAUUCGGCGAUCAUCUCGAGUCCUACGUGCCGGAGCGAUGGCUGCAAGGCGAACACGAACCUCUCAAAAGUUAUGAAAUUCGGAAGGCAGAGAUGCAAGGAGCAACAUUCACGUUCGGUGCCGGACCACGUACGUGUAUCGGCAAGAAUAUCAGCUUGCUUGAGAUCUAUAAAGCGAUCCCAACUCUUCUCUAUACCUACGAUAUCAGCUUGAGCUAUCCAGACAAGGAAUGGGAUACUGUGAACGCGUGGUUUGUAAGACAAAAGAACAUCCAUGUCAAGUUGGCCAAAUCCGGCAGGAGUUGA